AUGAGCCGCUCCAACUCCGCCAGCACCAGACCAUGGACACUAAACACACAAGGACAUACGAAACAAUCAGCCAACGCAAACAGGAGAUCUAACUGGAGCAUCUCCAACACAGACCACCACCCUGUCUGGGGUCAUGAAUGCACCCACCACAAACACCGCACCACACGAGAACAACAAGUGGGAAGCACUCUCAGACCACCCCCGACAGAAACUACAACCCCUGAUAUAAAGAGCAAAUAA